AUGAAGAAGCUGCUGCUGCUCCUCUGGGCAGUUGAUGCGCUCUGUUUAAUCUACGAUAAUGAAGAGGACACUUGCACGAGGGUGUGUGGCAGCCGGCCACUAGCCAUGAGCCACGGCAUGCUGCGGAUUGUGGGCGGGGUCGAUUCCCUGCCAGGAACAUGGCCCUGGGCAGUCAGCUUCCAGUUCCCGACCCGGCAGGGAUUCCGCCAUUUCUGUGCCGGCUCCUUGAUCAAUUCUCGCUGGGUUAUUUCGACGGCCCAGUGCUUCCUCAUUCUCAAGUACCUUAAGGUGGAGUACUUCAGACUGCAGAUUGGGGCAACCCAGCGCUCCAAACCUGGGCCAGAUGCCCAGAACCGGGUCAUCAAGAGGCUGGUCAACCAUGCUCGCUAUGACCGCGACAAUCACUUGAAUAACAUUGCCUUGGUAGAAAUGGACAAACCCGUAAUUUGCAACGAUUAUGUCCAGCCCGCCUGCUUGCCGGAGGGGGACCUGGACCUAGAUUCGCUCACCCACUGCUACAUCUGUGGCUGGGGCAUCACGAUCAUGGAGAGGGGAGCCAAAUAUUCGGACAUCCUACAAGAGGCCGAAGUGUCGCUGGUGGCCAGAAGUGAGUGCAACAGCUCUGAACAGUAUUCGACCCUCAUAAGAGAGGAACACCUGUGUGCCAUGUCUGACGAUCCCAACAAGGGCAGCUGCCGGGGUGACGGCGGUGGACCCCUGAUGUGCAGGACGCCCCACACCGAGCGCUACUGGCUGAUCGGCCUCAACAGCUGGGGCACCGGCUGCUCCAGUGGCAAAUCCCCCGGAGUCUUCACUUCCACCCAGUCCUUCCUCACCUGGAUCAAGGACAUCCUGGCGAACCCCCCCGCCUCUGGCCUCUCUCCUCCAUUCAGACCAACCACGCCCCGCACCCCCACCCCUCCGCCCCCAAGCCGGUUCACGGGAGUGUAUUAUCUCGACCCCAUUUACAAAAAGGUCAACGGGAUGCUAGUUGGGUACUUCCCAGAGGCGAACACGCAUAGCCUUCCGACGCGCAAGUGGAGACCGCCCGUGAAACGUACCACCUGGCCUUGGUACACAGGAACCCCGAGGACAUUCUCACCUUUCACUUUCUUCCCUCAGAACACUCCACGGUGGCCAACCCCCACCACGGCCUUCCUAGGCUGGGGCAAGGGACCUAGCAUAAUUUAUAGGCUGCCCCGGAAAAAGUACACAGCCGCUCCGUACACCACGCGUUUUCGGUGGCCUCAGGCUCAAUACUGGAAUAGGCACCCUCUUUAA